AUGGGCGGAGGCGGCAAAGUCGCGUACCCGAAGCACGUCUGGUCCCCCGCCGGAGGGUGGUACGCCCGACCGCACAACUGGCGGGCCAACACGCUGGUCAUGGGCGCGGCGAUCGCGGCGUGCGCGGGACUGGCCUGGAGAGUCUCGGCGGAGAGGGAGGUCCGGACCAAGAUGCCAGAGAAGGAUGUGUUUUUCCCGAGUCGGUACUGGAGCAGACAGAUCAUCGAGCACGAAAAGGCGCAGAAGGGGAAUAAGUCAGCUGUCAUCAGUCUCCUCCUCAGCUUACAUGACCUUGCCGAGCCGAAACGAUCCUCGACGAAAUCCUCCAACUCUUCUCACCUCGAAAAGAAGACUCCGUUGUACAUACUUCUACAAACCCUGAAGAACGGCGCGGAUUCCGCUGGGUUACCCACGGCUAUGAGAAGGGCGAGUGGAGGGCAGAAAGAAACAGUGGAAGAGGAGACCACCCGGUAG